AGAAACAAAAACUGCAAUAGCAACAAAAACAACAACAUUCAGUAAUAGUAGUAGCAGCAGUGGCGAUGACUUCCAUUCGCUGUACUGGCAAAUCGCUGCCGGGAAGUGUAUUGGGGUGUGUCCUCGUCCUUGUCUGCUAAGAUAACUUGAAUCACUGUGUGACUACAAAACCAUCCAAGAGACAUCGAAGAACCAGGACGGCUCAAAAAUCGGCAAUAUGCCGCGUUUUCGCAAUGAGGAGCCAGAGCAGUCCCACUACAACGAUGGCGACGUGGUCUGGGUAAAGAUUCACAACACCGAGAUUUGGUGGCCGGGUGAAGUGACCUUAUCGCAGGACUUUCGUUUCGUGAACACCAAUCGACCGCCAUUUGCAGUUGUUGCGUUUUUCAACGAGAAAACCUUCGAGCAAGUCAAAUCGGCAAAACUGAUUUAUCCCUUUGAAUGCGCUCUUAAGGAGGAGUUCAUCAAACGUGGAAGCAAAAAAGCCGAUGGAAUACACAUGGGCGACAAGUUCAGUGACGAUGUGGCGAUUGCUGAGUCGCGCUACCACCGCCAACAGACCGUGAUGGGAUCGACAUCGGCCGUGGUCGAAGGCAUCAGCGGACGCGCCACCCGGCCGGAUAGUCUCAUCAAAGCGUGCCUCUCGAGCAGCAGCAACAGCAGCAGUGUGCACAACAGCAGUGCCCGCAGCAGCGGAGUGCCUUCGCCGGCGGGUCGAGUAAGUAGCUCGGCAUCGCUCCAAUCUGUUGAUAAUGCCGUAUUCCGACAGCAGGAGCCCACGUUUCGCAUCAUGGAUAUUGGGGGUUGCACCAAAAAACCACCUCGCAAUCAUGGCAUCGACGAGGCCGGCUACGAGUGUAACAUGUGCACCUUUCGCACCAACAGCAUGAGCGUCCUGCUAAUCCACCGUCGUGCCCAUCUGGAGUCAAGCAGUAGUUUCAGCAGCAAUAGUACCAGCAGUACGGUUAAUAGCACCACAAUCCUGGACAUUGGUCGGAAUACGCGUGCAGCGCGUCGAGCCAACACUACCAACGUGGUCGAUAUGCGUCCAUCGGGUAGUAGUCGGCGGAGCCGGGACAGCACGCCUUUUAACAAGAACGAGGUGCGCUGCCACUCCCGUCACGUUUCCAUUGUGAUUGACGCACCGCUGACAAACGAGGAGCAUAAAAGGGUGAAAACCAUAGCCGAACAAACUUUGGCGAGCAUUGAGCUCGUGGUUCGUCCUGGUGACGCCAGCACAUCGGCCUCCGCCUCCGCCUCCACCCGUAAUAGCUGUUCGUCAUCGCCACAGGUGCCUGUUGCUGAAAGCACGCGACGCAACAACUCAAGUCCGCGGGAUCCGCGUAAUCAGCGCUCCAAUCAAUUGCGAGCCACCAUGCCCGCGCCGCAGUCGCCACCUCCGCCUAAGCAACGACGAUUAACUCGUUCCAUGAGCCGACGCCAGCAAGGCACAUCCCCACCCGCCGACUCUCCAGAACUUCUACCGCCACCGACACAGACGACUAAGCGCCGCGGUCGUGCUAGACGCUGCACGAUGGCUGCCACAACUGCUGGGCAGUUUACCCCGCCCAGGCGGGGUAACCCCUUACGGAAAACGCUUACGACACCGACAACCACUGUGGAGAAGCCAUCACGGAACGCAGGACGUCGAAAGAGAACGUUCUCUAGGACAAGAUCGUCCUUAUCUUUUGAUUUGCGUCUUGUUCCAUCUCCACCACCGAAGCGUGCUGUAGAUGAUAAGGACGACGAAGUGGCAGAGCCUGAUUUGCCAUCGAGUCCAUCGCCAGAGCCGGUUUCAAAUGCUGACCUUGAACAUCCAAAAGAGAAUCUCCCGCACUCGCAGAGCACUAUCGACGCCUCCAAGCAACUGCAGCUUAGUCUAAUGGCCGAGUGGGGUGACGACGAGACGGACGAGUCGCUAGAGGAGCCACCGCAGCCGUCUGUUAAUAACGAUACGAAGGUCGUGGAACCUCCACCAGAAGAAGAGCAGCAUGCGGGCGAUGAAGAGGAUGAGAAGACUGAUGGCGUUGCUGCAAAGAAGCGCAUACGCAACAUACCAAAGAAGGAUCGGCGCGACGUGAUUGUGCAGGUAUUCCAGGCCGACAGCCUGCCAGAGGCUGAUGACCCGGAGGCUGACGAACCGAUUGUCAUCCCGGACAGCGACGCCAGCUCCAAUGGAAGUGUAGUGUUCGUGGAGGACGAGCCGAGGCAGCGCAGCAAGGGAGUUCAUUCACAUCCCAAUGGCAAUGGCACUGAUAAGGCCUCAUCCUCGGCCAAGGCGGCCAGCAACAUCCCAUCUUGCUUUGAUUUUGAGGAGGAAGAUGAUUUGCAGCAACAACAACAGCAAGAUGGCCAGAAUGGUCUGAGCUAUAGGCGCCGAACCUAUACCAAUCGCCCUGAUGCAAACGGCAAAGGCCUUUUAGAGGGGGAUAUGGAAGAAGAGCCACAAGAAUGUGAAGAGCCUGAGGCUGUGCAGGAACCUAAGGUCUUCGCCUAUUUUGAAAGCUUUUUCAAGGGCUUCGAAGAUGUUCCGGAACAGGCAUUCUCGGCAGUCGAGACGGAGGCAGAGCCUAAGUCAGAUGUGGUGCAGGAUGAGUUUCUGCCUCACGUGUAUACAACUGAUCCUGAGGAAGCACUGCCCGAGGACGGAACCGAGGGGGAAGUGGGAGAUCACAUGAGCCUGCCCAUCAAGGAGCGUCAAAAGCGCAUUUUUAAGUCACGAAACAAAUCAUCAGUGGUGGGACCUCAGGACGAGUAUGUGCCAGUCUCGAUGGUUUCCGUUUCGCCCAGGGCCGAAGAGGAGGUGACCGCCCCCAAGAUCCAAAGCCCUCUCCAGGAGGAAAGCUGUGUCAACUCGCUUACUUUCAACGGAAACAAAAGCAGAAGGAAUAGCAGCGCCAACAAUAGUAAUACAAAUAGCAGCGAUGGUGCAAUGGAAAGCAUUAGCCGGAGCAAAGAAAACCGCCGCAAAAAAUCCAAGACUGAAUCAUCUCGACGCCCGUCGCCACGCUCGAAGUCGAAGAUACAGCAGCAUAAUCUCUUGACUGGCCAUGAGGAGCUGAGCAACAAUAGCACCAGCAGUAACAGCAACACCAGCAGCAAUAGUAACCAUAUGUCCAGCUCCAGUUCAAGCUCGGACUCGCAUGGCAUCGGAACUCUAUCCCCGGAGCCUAGCUCAAGCAACAGCUGCUCCAUAGCAUCGAAUAUUGCUGUAAUCUCAGCGGAAGAAGCACGAGAGCUACAGCGAUCUGCUUCUGGAGCCGGUCUUAUCCACGCCGCCAUCGUAGAUGCCACACAGCCGGUGCAGCGCGGUGGCGUACUCAUUCUAGAGGAUAUCCGUCUGCCCAAUUUGUACGAACCAUUCGGUAGUCUGAAUUCAUCAGACAGCAAUGGUAGUCGGCAUACAAACUCGCGACCGCCCGACGAGGAAGACGAGCAGUCACAGGAUACGACGGAGCAGCAAGAAACGAAUGAUGAUCACGAUCAGGAUGAGGAGGAAGAGGACAGUCAGGAUGAAGAGAAUACACCUGAUGAUGCUGAACCACCAGAGCAGACUGCAGAAGAGGAACAGGACCAGGAACGGGGCCAGGAACAGGAACUGGAACUGGAUCAGGAUCAGGAAUUGGAAAAGGAACAGGAACAGGAACAGGAAAAAGAACAGAAGCAGAAUGAGAAACCUGAUCCAAGUCCCGAGCCAGAAACAGACAACGAGUUAGACACCUGGUCUCCAUUACGCCAUUCGCCCGAUGUCGUACGCUACCUCCCGCAGGCACGUGAGGUGCUUCUUAAGAAACGCGAACAAGAGCUUCUGCGACAGUACGAGGCCGAUCUUGUCAGCGGACGGAGUGCGGAGAAGUGUCGGCAGGCCCGUGCACGUUGGAGCCGACCGGUGCGAUCCCCCGAUGAGGAAGAUAUUAAUGAGUUAGAGUUGGAAACAACGCCGCUGGUCCCGUCGCCAUCCGAAGAGGAUCAACAGGAACUGGAGCAGCAAAAGAAGAGGAUUAGUUCUGAUGAAGAACAGUCUUUUAUGGCUCCGGAGGAUAUACCAGCAGACGAUGAGGAGGUACAGGAGAUGGAGCCAAUAGAUGAAGAUUUGUCUAUCGACGAGCAGCUGGCAGCCGUCGAAUUGGUGCUACCAGCUACAUUGUUUUCAUAUACACGCCGCCCCGCCAGCCAUCCACAAGUCACUGCACUGGCCCCAACCCCGUCCACUACAAGCGGGCCAAAUAAGCCCUCCAGACAUUUAAGUUGCGCCCGUACACUGAGCGAUGCGGACGUAGCCAAGGCCCAUCAGCAGCUGGUGGAUCUGCGAGAGCAACAGCGCCUUCGCUCCACUUCGACAUCGCCGCCCGUAGCCAUACAACAGCGCCUUCGCUCCACUCUGACUUCACCGCCCGCGGUGCUAACUCCGCCGGCAACCCUGCUGCAGGCCGGCGGGCAACGAAAACAGCGUCGCCGCUCGAAGAACGCUGCUAGUGACAAUGUAGAUAGUAGUUCCCGCAGUGACCUUGCCGAAGAGUCGUCCUGCGAGACCAAAGAUGGUCAGGAGAGCCCCGAGAACCCGCCUCAGCUGUGCGCUGGACGCAUCUGCGCGGUGAUGACUCGACCUAUUCCGGGCUACAGUCACACUUUUAUGCUCUGCUCCCUGAACAACAACAAUUUUACGCCACUCAACAACGUGGCACUGUACCUGGACAACGAAAAGAACCAUUUGGUGCCGGUGCCGCGCGAGGCAUUGCUAGAACCGCCGCGCCUUGCCGAUGGUCAUCCUCUGUCCGCCGUCUUUGCUGACAUUGACUUUUUGGGCGGAGAGGCGGUAGCACAGGUAGUGGAACCAUCAGAGGCGGACACUGAGGCGGAACUCGAACAGGAUCAGAUGUCGCCGCGGCAUUUGUCGCCACAAUUGCUGCUCAGCGAGGCUGAUAACGAUGUUGAGCCGGUCGAUACGAUGGGCAUUAUGACGCCACUUAGUCAGGUGGCCGAGGGAAGCGCCUUGGCAGCUGGGAGCUAUGUGAACGAGGAGGAGGAGUUGUCCCUGCACGAGGAGCAACUGCAGGCCAAUGUGCUGCAGCUAAAUGUUAAUGGCCACCGCUUGGAACUCGAUCCCUCGGUGCUAUUUAGUAUUGCCGAGCAGCCAGAUACGUGCAUCGAGUUGAGUGUCACCGAUACGGGAUCCGGUGGGUCCGCUGUUGGUGGCAGCAUGAGAGCCGUGCUUCACGCUCGAGACAUCUUACAGGCGGCGGAGGUAUACCUACAAGAACGCGACCUGCAGCUGGUCAAUGUGGAAGACAUAGCGCUGGACGAUGAUGACGGACAUGCUCCAACGGUCUCCAUGUCAAUGCCUGCAUCUGAUCUGCUAUCUCAGGCGCUGGUUGGUAGUCAAGUGGUGGACGACUCCGAUUUCGUGAACGCAGCCAACCCUGGCGGUGGCAUGCUCCACAUCGAUACCUGCACCACUGGUGGCCUCCUGCAUGUCGGCAACGACGAGCCAGGCAAUGUGGUGUAUAUCUCACACCCCAUGCCCCCACAGACCGUCCAUCUAACGCCUCCGAUAACGGCGCGCACCAACGAGACGAACGCGCUGCUCGACCAGACGCCGAUCAUGUCCACGUUAGAAAAUCCAAGCGGUAUGCAGCUGCGCCGUGUAUCACCGCUGGUCGAGGGCAACCUGGAGGAUAGUCUGGCUGUGAUCGGAGUGACAAACGGCAGUGGUGUGCCAACCUCACUAGAACUGCCCAUUACCGUCACCAAUCCGGCCAUCGCAUCCCGGAUGGGGGCCCCCGUCUCCGACAUGCUACAAUUCGCUUCUUUCCAAUAGGAGAGCACAGUCCAAGAGCAUCUCAAUAUGCUUUAUUUUUUUUACAAUUAAGAAUUUUUUGUUAGGUUUAGUAGAUGCAAGCUUAGGCAUUUUAUUUUGAGCGAAGAAGAAGAGUGUACAAGUUUUAUUCAGAACCACCUCUUCGUUAGUUAAAUUGACACGAUAAUGAAAGAUAUUUAGAUGCUUAGUUGAUUUAAGUUAGAUUCUUUGACCACUCCUUUCCCUUACAUUGCAAAUGUAGGCCGAGAAAGGGAAAUCACACUUGCGCGUAAAAUAUUUAAACUCUUGGAUUACAUGCGAAUAAGUUAGUUCAAUCCACAGAACGGAAGACCAGAACAGACCAGAAAGAUGAGGUGAACAAAAAGCCAAUAAUGAAAAAGUUUUGUGUGAUCGAUGCCCGGCACCAAAGGAACAAAAAAUAACGAAAUAUAAAUGAAUAUGCAACGCAGCAUAUAGAACAUAUAAGUACACUUGUGUGAGCAGAAGAAGCACAGUUUUAUUUUAAUGACUAUAAAUGAUUAUACCAAUGUGUGUAAGAUAUGUCAGUCUUUAAGCUAACAAAAAUAAUGUAAAGAACGCCCAGAAAGAAGAGUGGGCAGAUCAAGCUGCCCAACUUGGGUGGCUAUUUAAAUAAAGGCAACACGUGCAACAAA